AUGUCUUUCACUCUUGUGGGUCUAUCAGACCAUCCACCGACCAUGAAUGCACUUUUUGGGCUUUUCCUUCUGAUCUAUCUGAUGACUCUUAUCACUAAUCUUCUUAUAUUUUUCUUGGUCCUCACUGACCACCAUCUGCACAACCCAAUGUAUUUUUUUCUUGCCAACUUGGCAUUUCUGGACAUGUCCUAUUCAUCAGUGACCACACCAAGGAUGCUCUAUGACUUGGUCACAAAAAGGGUCACAAAAAGCCAAUCGAUAUCCAUUCCUGCCUGUAUAUCCCAAGUCUUUUUCUACAUCUCCUUUGCUUGCUCAGAACUUUUGUUGCUCUCGGCUAUGUCCUACGACCGCUACAUUGCCAUCUGCCACCCCCUACAUUACAAACUAAUGAUGUCUUGGAGGGUCUGUGCUCAUAUGGCCUCCAUGGUCUGGGUUGCAGGAUGUUCUGUCUCUUUGGUUUAUGCUUUACUUUUGCUCAGGUUGUCCUUCUGCAGAACAUCUUCCAUCCACAACUUCUUUUGUGACCUUCCUCAUAUGAUUCAAAUUACAUGUACUGACCCCUUCAUAAACAUGGUGGUCAUAUUCUUAACAGGUGCUACUUUUGGAUUAGGAAUCAUUCUUAUGACCUUUCUUCCAUAUGUCUAUAUUCUUAGUACCAUCCUCAGAAUCAGUAGCAAGACUGGAAAGAGGAAAGCGUUCUCCACCUGCACCUCACACCUCACCGUGGUCUUCAUCUUUUAUGGAUCUUUAAUUUUUAUUUACUUUGUUCCAUCUUCCACCAAUAUGGCCAUUUUAAAUAAACUGUCUACAGUCAUAUCUGCCCUCAUUAACCCAUUGCUGAAUCCUCUGAUCUACAGCCUGAGGAACAAAGAUCUCAUGGAGGCACUUCUGAGGUCUUAUUAUCACUUACAGUUGAUCCGGGCAUCAUUCUGA